AGCCGAGCUCGUCGCAUCACGUGACCUGGCGCCGCCGCCCGCCUUAUAAGCUGCGCCGCGCUCCCGGCGCCGCGGGCCUCACUCCAGGCUGUACCGUCCGCGAAGUGUUUGCUGGCGAACCCCGCGGGCGCUCCUAGACAGGGAAGCCUGUCAGACUCUGGAGACUGAUGCCCAGACUGGACCGGCACUUCUGGAGCUGUUCCUGCACCAGGCACAGAAGCCACCCGAGAGCCUGCGCCGGAGGGCUGGCAGCCAGAGUGGGAGAAAUGAUCAGCUCCUCAGCGUCCCGCUCCUCGCGCCUGGGAGCCCCCAGCGGCCCCGACAACGAGCCCUCCCUGCGGCCUCGGAGCACUGGUGUCGGGGGCCAUAGUGGCAGCUGGCAUCACCACCUGGUGCAAAGAAGCCUGGUGCUUUUCUCUGUGGGGGUCGUCCUGGCGCUGGUGCUCAACCUGCUGCAGGUCCAGAGGAACGUCACCCUGUUUCCCGAGGAAGUUAUUGCCACCAUCUUCUCCUCAGCCUGGUGGGUCCCUCCGUGCUGUGGGACAGCAGCUGCUGUUGUCGGCUUGCUGUACCCCUGCAUCGACAGCCACCUUGGAGAGCCCCACAAGUUCAAGAGAGAGUGGGCCAGCGUGAUGCGCUGUGUGGCGGUUUUUGUUGGCAUUAACCACGCCAGUGCUAAAUUGGAUUUUGCCAAUAACAUUCAGCUCUCCUUGACGUUAGCAGCCCUGUCUUUGGGCCUUUGGUGGACAUUUGACCGUUCAAGAAGUGGCCUUGGGCUUGGAGUCACGAUUGCCUUCCUCGCCACUCUGAUCACUCAGCUGCUGGUGUACAACGGAGUCUAUCAGUACACGUCUCCGGAUUUUCUCUACAUUCGUUCCUGGCUGCCAUGUAUAUUUUUCUCAGGAGGGGUAACCGUAGGAAACAUAGGACGGCAGCUGGCUAUGGGUGUUCCUGAAAAGCCACAUAGUGAUUGAAUCUUCAAACCUACUGACUCUGAAGAACAGCAAGAUUUGGGAAGAAAAUCUGUGAUAAUGGGUUGUGACAAAGAUUAUCUUUUUUCCUCAAUAAUCUGUUUAGAUUGGGCUGAUUGUACUGAGUGACUCCUGGAAAAAAAAAAAAUCACCUAUUUUAGAAUAACAAAUUGGAAAGAAAAACUACGUAUCCUGAAUCGUCACCUAGCCUGACUCGCCUGCGCUGUGUCUGCUCAGAGACCCAGGGUCCCCGGCUGAGCGUAAGAGUCCAAGCAGGUGAAGUUUCUCCAAGUAUUCGAUUUCCUUUCUGUCAUUAAAAGCGAGUUGCCAUAUGUCCAAGCCUUGAACCUAAAGCCUACUACCAGCUCUUGUUUUACAUCCAUGCCCACAAGAGACAGCUUAGUGGUGCUUAACAAAGGAGAAGUGUGGUCAAAUAGGAAUAAUGUGUCUCCUAAGAUUUCUUAAAUAGGGUUGUGCAAAAGGCGAGCAGCGGCAGCAGUGAGCACAGGGUGGCCGGGCUCGCGUGUCACCGUCACCCCUCUGCUUUUCAUUCCCCCAGGGGACGGUGUGCAGACAAUCUUACUGAGAGCAAAAGGCAGUGGGAAGCCAUAGUUCUGCACUGCGGCGUCCUGGACUUCUCGCCUCAGUAUUGGUGAAGUUGUACCCAGAAUCCCUCGCGGUCCAGGCGUUCUGUCCGCCACGCAUUUCAGUCUCAGCCAACACUGUUUUCAUUUCUUUGAUGCUCCAGAAUCGAGAUGACGGUUUUUUUCCCCACAGCCCUAUGGAAUUUGCAAUCUGUGAUUGCCUUGUAAGAGGAGAGCGCUUACGUCACCACGUUAAACAUUUGGUGUUUCUAAAAACUCAAAGGUAUUGGUGAGCACAAUGUAUUCAUUUAAUGGCAGAGACCAUACUGGACCCAAUUUGCAAGUAUUGGGUCCUAAACUUCAAGUGCAAUGUAUAUGAAAACCAAUCUGAGCCUUGUAUUCUCUUAAAUAUUUAUUUUUUUUAAUGUAAGAGAUGUUAAAGAGGGGUUCUCCGUUCAUUUCAGCACUGCAUGGAGGCAGAAUCCAGCAAUAAUUUCUUUGAAUUGUGAAGUUACCUGGCUGUGACCCCACUGAGCCCUUGUCCUCUGAAAUACUCCAACUUCGUGGAUCUAGAAUUUUUACUUACAAAUUUACCUUUUUGUAUUUUGCAAUUUAAAUGUUUUGGGUGUGUUUUAAGUUCUGUGAAAGUAGCUCGAUUGAAGGACUCCUUUUGACCAGAAGCGGGGCAGUGGGCGGACGGGUCCUGGGCCCUGCCUGCGGCUGCAGCCCCACACCCUCUUUGUGGGCUCAUCCAUCCCUGUUGCAGUCGUUGCGUUUUGUUUUGAGGAAAAUAUCUUUAAGUAAAUUUUAGGUUACUGUAGCUAAUUUGUUUUAGAGGAAUUUUGUUUAAAAGAAAGUGGGAUUAUUCUGAACUUUGCAGUGACCCCUUACACGUUUUCUGAACAUGAAAACAAAUGACUAGCUAUGUGAAAAGAUUUUUCAAUAUCAGCAUUUUAUGAAAAACCAGAAGUUAUUAGAUGAAAGCAGUGACUGAAUCUUUAAAAUACACUUGAUCAUGCACAAAUGAGUAUUUUUUCCUCCUAAACUGGAAGUAUAUAUCUGUUAGAAGUAACAUAGCCAAAAAAUGUGAAUCUGAAGAAUUUUUUUGCCAAUACUUUACAGCAGGUAUAUGAACCAAAGUGAUGUGAGUUUGUAAAAAUGUAACAUAGUAUGAACAAAAUUUGCACUAUCCCAGAUUUGAACAUCUAGUGAGAUUCACAUUCAUACUGAGUUUUCAGCAUUGUGUUCUUUUUGCAUUCAUUUUUUACUUUUAUUAAAGGUUCAAAACCAA